AUGGUUGCAGCGCAUGUUUCCGGCCACAAGAAGACACAGCUACAUAAAAGACAUGCCAGCUACCUCCUGGAAGGCCAUAUCCCAUCAUCUCUUCUCACCUCUGCUUCUGUAUCUACAUUAUGCAAGUCAGCUCACCCACUGGAGUUGAGGCAACAAUCAUCACCUGAAAACCAACCAUUUGAAGACUACGGUAUGUUAGAUGAGGAUUCAGCUGAAGUCCCUCUCUUGCAGCUGUGGGAUGACACUUUGAGUGAACGCACAGCCCCCUUGGACGAUGAACUCGCAAUUGAAGACGACUUGAUUGACAUGGUUCUUCCUGAGUCAUUCAGCAUAGAAGUACGAGAACAGACAGGCUCAAUUCCUUCAUCCAACCAUAGCAGCAAAGUCCCCAAGAACUCGCCGUAUUAUCCUUGGCCCUCGCUUGCGAUAUGUAGCAUAUUUUCUCCUCUUUUUGACUUCAUCUCAUUGUUUUACGCUCAGAAGAGUACUAUUCUGGAUUGGGCCAGAGAGCUCAAUACACUGGAUGUACCCUCACUCAAUGCCCUUCAAAAUACUCAAAAAAAUAUCAAGGAACUAGUUGGCAACCCCACAAGCAAGAUCACUUCAAAAUCCGGCAACAUUUUUUACCUGAAUGAUGUCGCAAAAGCAAUUGCAAAGGAUUAUGCUAAUCCCGUAACACGUUUCUCCAUGCAAGAUUAUCCUGAAGACCCUGGAAAAGGAAUGGCCGAAGUAUUCCACGGUGAGAAGAUGCUCUUAGAACUCCCCUCGGAGAUCACACCACCUGCAUACUUCAUCCCUCAACAUUUUUUCACAGAUAUGCCUCCUUCUGGUCCUCAAUCAGCAAAGUCGAAGAGCAUAUUCUCCCUUGGGAACUGUGUUGAGCGCACAGAGAUUGGAUUUGUUGUUGAUGAUGAACAAGUCAUCAUUGCCAUGACAUCUUUUGCACGUGCAUUUGAUAGUAUUGCUUUGAAUGGCAAUGAAUUUGCUUGCGGAUUUACAGGCAAGUUUAAAGACUUCUUGGUUGCUUGCUCACCCAUUUGUUUCAUUCUUGCAGACUCUUCAGCCAAGUAUUCUCAACUUAUGCCAAACCCAUGGUGUGCCAAGAGUGGUGGACAUAUGGUUUAUUCAGUACCACUCAUCAUCUUCAUGGAUGAUGUCUCAGGUAACAUCUCAAAACAGUGGAAUAAGCAUCACGCUAUCUACAUGUUAUGUGCUAACAUGCCCCGGGAAAUGAUAGAAAAAGAAUUUUAUUUGUGUUUUGUAACAUCAUCCCUGCACGCAACCCCUAUGGAGAUGAUCCAUGCCAUGAAGGAGUCUAUUCUGUAG